AUGGCUUAUUAUUUAGCCGACGGCAUUUAUCCGAAGUGGGCAACUUUUGUUCAGGGUAUCACAUUCCCUCAACUGGCCAAAGAUAAAAUGUUCGCUGACCACCAGGCUGCCGCUCGAAAGGACGUUGAAAGAGCUUUCGGUGUGUUGCAAGCUCGAUUUGCAAUAAUACGAAAACCGUCGCUGGCGUACGAUGAGGACAUACUGCGGGACAUAAUGAAAGCAUGUAUCAUUAUGCACAACAUGAUUGUUGAAGAUGAGCGCCACAACUACACUCGAGCCGAAGUUCUAAGAGCCUUCUACGAAGAAGAUCAACAAGAAUCAACACCAGCAUCAACAUCUACAACGCCACCGUUUGAAUUCAACGUAGGCCGACCUACCAACUUUGAUUUCAACGCAUUUCUACAGCGAAAAGCUUCCCUCCGUGACAGAGAAAUUCAUCUAUCUCUGAAACGUGAUUUAGUCGAACAUAUUUGGCAACACUACGGGCCACGUAAUUAG